AUGGAGACACAAUUAGGUCAGAUUGCUGAUGCUUUGAGUCAAAGAGAACCCGGGAAAUUUCCAAGCCAACCGGUGAUACUUCAAAGGAACCAAGAGCAGGCCAAAGCGGUCAUAACACUUAGAAGUGGUAAGGUUAUUGAUAAUAGAGUUGGCAAUGAAGUUACUAAUGAAUCUGAUCAUGUGAAUGCAGGCCCCACUCAAGAAGAGCAUGAGAAACCGAAUGAAGAUCCAAGCAAUGCCACUUCUUCGUAUGAAGCUCCAAAUUUUCACAAGGCUGAAAAACCUUACACUCCUCCAAUCCCAUUUCCUGGAAGACUUGCCAAAAGCAAGCAGGAGAAGUCAUUUAAAGAAAUUUUUGAUAUUUUAAGUAAAGUGAAUGUUAAUUUACCUUUGCUUGAUGUCAUUAGGAAUAUGCCAGCAUAUGGGAAAUUUUUCAAGGAGCUAAACACUUAUAAGAGGAAGUAUGGACCUAAUGAAAAGGUGAUGGUGUCUGAAAAUGUGAGUGCUGUGCUUCAAAGAAAGCUCCCACCAAAACUCAAGGAUCCGGGCAGUUUUUCUAUCAAUAUCACCAUUGGAGACACGCUAGUUGAAAAGGCUAUGCUUGACUUGGGGGCGAGCAUCAAUUUAAUGCCCUAUUCAGUGUACCUUCAAUUAGGUUUGGGGGGGUUUGAAGGCAACAACUAUUUCAUUGCAACUUGCCGAUCGAUCAGUGAAAUAUCCAAGAGGUAUAGUGGAAGAUAUCUUAGUUCAAGUUGA